AGUUCCGAUCUGGGACCAGCUAUAAAAUCAAGAAGAGGACUUAGAAUCUUAUGUAAGAAUUUUUGGAGGUGCAUAUGGUUAUAACUCUUUACUUAUGGAUGAUAAUCUACAUCUGUCUACAUUAAGAAAACUUUAUUGACAAAUUCUGUGGAAAUGAAGCCAUUGAGCAAAUACUGUGGCCAGCAAAACCUUCUUAUCUUACCCCAAUAAAGAGCUUAUAGGAUUACCUUGUGAAAGCAGCUACAGGGAUACAUCCUCCUCCUUGAGAUAUUAAUGCCAUGAAGACCUCGUUGCUGGAGGAGUGGAACUUAAUUCCCCAAAGUGUGAUGAUUGAUGAUUCUGUGAAGAAGAUUUUGGUUCUGGGUCUGGAUAAAGCUGGAAAAAGUAGUUUUUUAUCUCACUUGUCAAAAGCUGAAGACAAUGCUAAUAAACCAGAACAUACUGAGGGAUUUAGUGUUGUAUCUGUAAACUGCAAAAAUGGGAAGACAUUGAAUUUUUGGGAAAUUGGAGGCUCAGUGAAUAUCCGUGUCUACUGGUCCAAUUUCGUUCAGGAUACGGAUGUUUUAAUAUAUAUAGUUGAUUCGGCAGAUGAUCACAGACUUGCAGAAUCAAUUCAAGAGCUUCAUAAACUAGUUGCCUGUGAUAGACUAAAGAAAGUUCCAAUAUUUAUUUUGGCAAAUAAACAAAUUUUCAGAAGCUAGUUUGCUGAAAAUUGAUGUGAUUACUGCUGAUUGGUCGACGACAUGGUUUCUGCUGAUUGGCUGAUAACAUGUCAAGAAUGUGUGAAGUGUGAAAUUGGUCAACUCCAAACACACUAUC